AUGGUUUUUUGUGCUCAUAGAGUGCUUAUCCUUCUUAUAUGUAUUGGCUUCAUAGCAGUUCAACCUGAUGAAGUUUAUGGCUUGACGAGUGUAGAGCUGGUCCUCAGACACAACCAAAAAGCUCAAGGGACAGCACCACAAAGCCAACGUGUUCUUAAGGAUGUUGAUAUGCAGGGAAUGGACACAAAGAAAUCAGCGCAUGCAAGCAAGACUUUUGAUCGAAGUCAAUCAAACAAAAGAAGUGCACCGAGAGGAUCAGAUCCUAUCCACAACAGAGAGAGAGAUGUGUAUAGAAAAGCCAUAAGAGAUAAUGUUCACAGAGCCAGUAUCAUCUCUGUGCCACAAGUUGAGAUCAUAAUCAACCGCCAAUGAACCCAGAAUGGAUGAUGGUAUGGCUCCCUGAAAGGAAAAGACAGUUUUUUCUUCUCCCCUCAA